UUGCAUUCAAUAAUUCGUUCUUUUGUCAUAUUCAAAAUAUUGUUGAAUGACAAAUUUACCAAAAUUCAAAAGUUUUGUGGUUAAGUUAAUGCUAAAAACCACGAUAAAAUGCUCACAGUCUCGCAUUUUUACAUCAUUUGCUAAUAGUUGUCACUUCAAUUUGUACGUCUCACAGAGAACUAUACCAAAAAUGUCUGAUAAGUGUCAUGAUAUAACCUUCGUUACUGGUAAUGCAAGGAAGUUAGAAGAGCUGCGAGCCAUUGUGGGGAACACCUUUCCGUUUCAAAUAAUUAGUCACAAGUUAGAUUUACCGGAGCUCCAGGGAGACCUUGAGGAGGUUUCUGUGAAGAAGUGCCAAGAAGCGGCGCGGCGUCUGAAAAGUCGCGUUCUCGUGGAAGAUACUGCGCUAUGCUUCAACGCUAUGCAAGGCUUGCCUGGCCCUUACAUCAAAUGGUUCCUAGAAAAGUUGCAGCCAGAGGGAGUUCAUAGAAUGUUGUCAGGCUGGGAGGAUAAAAGUGCUGAAGCAGUGUGCACAUUCGCAUACUGUGAUGGAACAUGUGAUGAUGACAAUGUUAUGUUGUUCCAAGGGAGAACGAAGGGUACCAUCGUGUCUCCGAGAGGCUGCACGGAUUUCGGCUGGGACUGCAUAUUCCAGCCAGAAGGCUAUGACAAAACAUACGGUGAACUACCAAAGGAAGAGAAAAAUAAAAUAUCUCAUAGAUACAGAGCUUUGGAGAAGUUAAAAAAACAUUUUGAAAAUUGUAAGUAGGUAGUUAAUUUACUAUUUAUGUAAUGUUGUUGAAUUGUCUUCUGACUGGUGAAUAAAAAAAUAGUAAGUUUAUAUAA